AUGAAUGUGUCUAGUGAAAGCAGAAAUGCAGCUAAUGGCAAGAAGUGUGGACUCUUAACGCCAAAAAAUGUUCUCAGCAUAGGGGCAUGGAAUGUGCGGACCAGGUAUGAGACGGAAAAAACAGCACAAGUUGUCAAUGAGAUGAGAAGGUAUUACAUCAGUAUACUAGGUGUCAGUGAAUGCAGAUGGUUAAACAACGGAUCGAUCUCAACGGACACAGGUGUGACCAUAUUCUACUCAGGCCGAACAAACGACAAACACUAUGAGGGAGUUGCUUUAGUACUAAGCAAGGAAGCAAAAAGAGCUCUUCUAGAAUGGCAACCAGUGGAUGAAAGGCGUAUUAUGGCAAGGUUUUACUCAAAAUACUCAAAACUGUCAGUGAUUCAAUGCUAUGCACCUACCAACGAAGCUAGUGUUGAGAACAAGAAUAAGUUUUAUGACAAAUUACAAUCCCUUGUCAGUAAAGUACCAGCACAUGAUUUAUGUCUUAUAAUUGGUGAUCUUAAUGCAAAGAUUGGGGUAAAUAACUCAUGUAAGGAAAGAAUAAUGGUCAGACAUGGAUGUGGAGAAUGCAAUGAAAAUGGUGGACUUUUAGUAGAUUUAUGUGGCUUGAACGAUCUAGUUAUUGGAUGUUCCUUAUUUCCACACAAGGACAUUCACAAGCUUACAUGGAACUCACCAAAUGGCAGGGACCAAAACCAGAUAGACCACAUAAUUGUAAAUGGAAGAUGGAGAAAGUCUCUGAUGGAUGUCUUUUGUCAAAAGGGGAGCCGAUUGUGGAAGUGA